AUGUCGUCUCAAUCUCGUCAUAUCUACACACCCAAUGAACGAAUGAUACUCGAAGCAAGUUUUGCUCAACAAUCACAUCCUCCUAUUAAUGAAAAAGAACGUUUAGCAACACUGUUAAAUUGUAAUAUUAUUCAAAUUUCUAAUUGGUUCCAAAACCAUCGACGUCGAGUUAAGAAACAGAUGAAAUAUACAAUAGGAAAUGUUUCAACAAAUACAAAUUCUCCUACAUGUCAAACAACUUAUGUUUAUCAACAACCAAAUUGUAUAUGUGAUGUUAGCAAUAAUAAUUCAACGCCUUAUUAUUCACCAACAUAUCAAUAUGUGUAUUCUUAUGAACCAUUCUAUACACAACCGACUUUUUUUGAUCCAUCUUUUUCCUAUAUUCAAUAA